CUGAGACAUGACGCCGGCGCGAUGGGAAUAACGAGAGGCUGAAGCGUCUCUGUCCUUCACCUCUGUGGAUGAGCCGUCACAUUCAAAGAUGGCCGCCGCGAGGAAGAGGUGCUCCUCCUCCUCCUCCUCAGCCGAAGAAGACGCCACAAACCUCUGUGACGGUGAGCGAGAACAUCCCUACGCCUCCAUGCUCUGCUGCCACAGCGUCCAGGACUCUCUGCUGAGCUCCAACAGCAGCUUCACCAGAUACAGAGGAAUCCUCAACUGGAUCAUCAUCAUGCUGGUCCUGACUCACGCUCACCUCUUCCUGGCGAACUUCAUACAACAUGGGUUUCUGAUAGAUGUUAGAAAGGUCCUGGGUCAUCUGAUGGAGGACAACUGCACCUGGCCUUCGGUCGUCCUCAUCCUGGGUGCCAACGUGUUUGCUCUGGUAGCUUUGCUCCUGGAAAGGUCUCAGGAAAAGGGAAUUCUGUCCAUCGCCAGCGGUCAACGUUUACAUCUCACAAACCUGGGGUUUCUGGUUCUGUUUCCUGCUGCGGUCAUCGUACACGAGCCUACGAUAUCAACAGGUGGCGCGUUCUUCUCUCUGUGGUUCUACACCGUUCUGGGGAUGAAGCUUUAUUCGUACCAGGAGACGAAUCGCUGGUACCGUCUGGUUCAUCCAGAGAAAGAGGAGGAUGGAUCCGUCACACAGAAACAUCAUGAAGAGACGAUCCGAGAUCUGUAUUAUUUCAUCCUCGCCCCGACGCUCUGCUACCAGAGAGACUUCCCCCGAACCCCCAGAGUCCGGAUCAGUAAACUGCUGCACCGGCUCCUGGAGAUGGUCGUCGUCUUCCAGAUCAUAGUCGCCAUCGUGCAGCAGUGGAUGGAGCCGAUCUUCCAGAGAUCAGAAACAUCCUUCUCUGACAUGGACGUCUCCGUGAGGCUGGAGCAGCUGCUGAGUCUCCUGGCUCCGAGCCACUUCCUCUGUCUCCUCCUCUUCUUUCUGAGUCACUCCUUCUUGAACCUGUGUGCAGAGCUGCUUCGCUUCGGCGACCGACACUUUUAUGGAGACUGGUGGAACGCUACGACUCUGGUCGCGUUGUGGAGGAGCUGGAACGUCCCUUUUCAGAGGUGGAGUCGCAGACAUGUGUACAGUCAGCUGGUGGACAGGAACGUCCCCCCGUCCAGAGCUGAGCUGCUGCUCUUCCUGGUGACCACAGCUCUGUGUGAGGUCUUGGUGUCUCUGCCGCUGCGUAGCUUCCGUCUGUGGAUCGUCCUCACGAUGCUGCUGGAGCUCUCGGUGGCUGUGUUCCUCGGAGAUUAUUUCCAGGGGAACUAUGGGAACGGUCUGGUGUGGCUGUGCCUCCUGCUGGGUCCUCCUCUGGCCGUGACCACCUACUUCCAUGACCACUACCAUCAGCAUCGCCGUCCUCACCGCUGACCUGCAGCCAGGAACAAAUUCCCGUCCUACGACUCAUUUCUCUGUCUGGAAACGGGUUUAAAUCCACAACCUCUUUAUCAAUAUGCAGCGUUUGCCAAAGUUCCAAAGUCGGUUUCUUCACAUGCACCAGACGUACAAAGGAAACAAUAACUAAAAGCAGAUGGAGACAUUUACUAGUAUUAAAAAUUUUUUAGUGAGGUUAGAGGUUUAGGCAGGUGUGGGAAAAGUGCUGUAAACUAAACAAUGAUUGUUUAAUUUAAUCAAUUUACAAAAUGCAAAGUGAGUGAACGAAAGACAAAUCUAAGUCACAUCAAUAUCUGGCAUUACUUCCCUUCACCUUCAAACCAGCAUCAAUCCUUAUAGGUUCACUGGCACAAAGUCAAGGAUUUAGUCGGAUCAGAGACUCAAUGGUUGGUCAAGGAAACUUAGAGCAGCAGAUGAAAAACACAUCAAGAUUAUCUCAGUUCUGAGCAGAGACAUCAGCUCAGAACUGUGAGAAACCAGUGGGACUCAGGUUCAUCAUCUACUGUCUGGACAAGUCUGGCUUCAAGUGGUUAUCGUGGAAGAGUUGCAGCCAAAAUAUCCAUCUAACAUGAAAACAAGACCAAGA